AUUACGCCGAUCUUUGAAGCUAUUUCAACGGUCCUCGUUCUUGAAUUCUUACUUUUAAACUUACACCACAACACACUUUUCCUCAACUUUCGCAACUACAACGCGGCAAUACUUUGCUUACUUGUUUACAUCUUUGUUCUCCCUUGAAUCAAACCUUCUCUUGUUGACAGAUCGAUUUUCGCAAUGUCUUUCCAACAACAACAAACCUACGAUCCCGCCCAACAAGGUGGCUACGAACAGAACAACGGCAACGGUGCUAUGCCGCCACCACCAAUGCAGCAACAACAGCAGCAGCAAGGUGGUAUGCCUGCCGGUGACGGUGGCUCACCAGCUCCAUUUGCGCAACAAGGUGCCGGCGUUGAAGGCUCUUCUGGCAGCGUCACAGGAGAUGCAAAGACAACCCUCUGGAUGGGUGAGCUUGAGCCAUGGAUCGACGAGAACUUCAUCCGCAGUGUCUGGUUCGGAAUGGGCGAGCAAGUCAAUGUCAAGAUGAUCAGAGACAAAUUCUCUGGAAACGCUGGUUAUUGUUUCAUCGACUUCACUUCCCCAGCUGCUGCUGCGAAGGCCUUGUCCUUGAAUGGAUCCAUGAUUCCAAACACCACUCGACCAUUCAAGCUCAAUUGGGCAUCAGGUGGUGGUCUUGCCGAUCGUCGGUCAGAAUCCCGUGAUGACCGUGGACCAGAAUUUUCUAUCUUUGUUGGAGACCUCGGCCCGGAGGUAAAUGAAUAUGUCCUGGUUUCAUUGUUCCAGGCCAGAUUUCCCUCGUGUAAAUCAGCCAAGAUCAUGACCGAUCCUAUCUCUGGCAUGUCCCGUGGUUAUGGCUUUGUUCGCUUCGCCGAAGAGGGCGAUCAACAACGUGCGUUGACCGAAAUGCAAGGUGUCUAUUGCGGAAAUAGACCCAUGCGCAUCAGUACCGCUACCCCCAAGAACAAGUCUGGCGGUGCUGGACCAGCAGGUAUGCAGAUGCAAGGCGGUGGCGGUGGUGGUAUGCCCGGUGCCAUGGGAGGUGCCCCAGGCAUGUACGGAAUGGGUGGCGGCCCACCUAUGGCUGGAUACUAUGGUACUCCUCAACCAAUGAAUCAAUUUACCGAUCCAAACAACACAACUGUGUUCGUCGGUGGAUUGUCUGGCUACGUCACUGAAGACGAGCUUAGAUCUUUCUUCCAAGGUUUCGGAGAGAUCACCUACGUCAAGAUUCCACCCGGAAAGGGCUGCGGAUUUGUCCAAUUCGUUCAACGACACGCUGCCGAGAUGGCAAUCAACCAGAUGCAAGGAUACCCAAUUGGUAAUUCUCGCGUUCGUUUGUCUUGGGGACGAUCCCAGAACAAUUCUGGACCAGCCGGAACCCCAUACCGACCUGCUCCUCCCCCACCCCACUACCAACAGAUGGGUAUGCCACAACAGCAUAACCCUUACAAUGGUUUCCAACCAUUACAGUAAGCAAACAUCUUCUUUCGCGAAUGGAGUUUAGUGUAGCAUGGCGUCUUUCUGCACUGGGCUUGCCAUUUUUCGGGGCUUUACUUCUUCGCGUCCAACGCCUGGAUAACUCUUUCUCGUCUUAGCGUUACUUCAAGUAUCGGAUGGGUGGGAAUCUGUGUUUUCCAAUGAUGCCCAUGUAUAAGCAUAGACUUUUCAUGCGACCACGAUCUUCGCUUUCUCUUUUUUUCCUUCUACACAUGUAAUCUCACUGCUUUGCUGCUUAGUCUGCCCACUUAUCUUUUUUCACUGGCGGAUUUUUAAUCGUCGACGAGAUCUGUUUGGGCAGCCUUGCACUCAUGCUUUGAAGCAGCUUUUUCCUAUUCUGGACUUUAUCCACAAAAGCUCAAAAGUUUAGACUCUCUUUUUUAAAUAGGAGUAUCGCGGCUUGUGCGGACUCGAUUACAAAUGUAUUCUUCAUCCAUUAUUUGAUUUUACA